AUGUCCCUUGUGUCUGCAGCAGUCGGAGAUGAGCGCGGAAGCGGUGGUCAACCGCACAAGAAAUCGGUAUACAAGCCCAACGGACAGCCGCUCUCGAAGGAGGCGUUGUACAGGGCGCAGUUGAAGUAUGGGACGUACAAGUCGCCAGCACGGGGCGGGAACCUCGGGGUGCAGGACUCUAAGACGGCGUCGGACAAGGCAGCAACGACUGCCAAUUCGAACAAGAAGGCAGUGGAGGCGUACAAGCGGAUGUUUGUAGACUCCAACGCCUCGAAGGCGGCCUCCCGGGCCGGGCAGCAGCCGGCGCCGGCGUCGUCUGCGGUGGAGCCUGCCAAGCAGGACACGUCGCCCGCGGCUGCGCGCGCUGCGAGUGGUGGGCAGGGCUUGCGCGGGCCGACAAACCCGAAGGCACCCGCACUGGACAUCUCGAAGGUGCUUGAGGGGGCAGAGCGUGCUGCUUCCAAGCGGAUCCAGGAGCGGAUCAACCCGGAGAAGGUGAACUUCACCUAUGGUUUGCGCACGGGCCCAGUCGAGAGUAGGAGCUCUUCGGAACGGACCUUCUCGAUCAACAAUGAUCUAGCGUUGAAGACCAAGGGGGACUAUCUCCGCGAAAUUGAUGGCGAGACAGACCCUGAUCCAACCAAGCUUGCCAACUACGCGUCGAGCGCAGCAAUCAAGAGCUAUGAUGCGAACAACCCCAUGGACCGUGAAGUUAUCGAGCGCCACGCCCGUGACACUGAAAUGUUCAAGCACUUGAGUUCCCAGCAGGUGCUGGCCAAGGCCAGGGCGAACGCGGACGCUACUAUUAGCAAGCUCGACAGAGAAGCGAAGGAGAAGUUGAUCUUCAGUAAUGAAGGUUACAACAAGGCUGCCAUCGAGAUUGCGAAGAAAAACCACGCUGAGCGCCAACGCUUGACCGGAGGUAAAGUAAACCUAGGAGGUGGAUUGUGGGUGUACCCAGAGGAGGUUGAACAGGUUGCUCAGGGGCUUGUGAAUCCUGUUUUGAGUGACGUGGACAGACGCGCUUCCGAACAGAGGGAGGUUGACGCGGAAAUUGCUAAGCGCCAGGCCCAAUACGAAGCAGAUUUGGCCGAGUGGCAGGCAAUUCAGAGAGAGAAGGCCGAGAAUGAUGCUCUUGAGCAGAGCCAAGCGGUGGACAGACGCGAGAUCGAGCUGUACGACACCGAGGAGACUCUUCAGAAGAAGACGGUAGAAUUGGCUCAGGAGCAUGCUGUCAUUAUUGAGGGCAAGAAGCUAGAACUCAAUGAACUAAAGCGGCAGCAUGCUGCGUUGUUGCAACAGAGCACUGCUCUUUAUGAACAAGAGCGUGCUCACAUCGACGCAGAGCUUUCUAAGCAACGGCAAGAGAAUGCUGUGUCGUUGGAAUUGGCGCGUGAAGAAGAAGAGAAAGCUCUGGAGCCAGUUAUCGGAGAAUUGUGUGAGACAGAAGAGGAACACGCACGUUUGGUCGAGGAGCGCGCGAAGCUGGAGACCUCUCUUUCUACAGUCUUGAGUGAACUAGAUGAAUACAAGAAAACUGUUUUGGAGCUUGAAAGUCAACUUCUGUCUACCACUGCGAGCCUUGAGGAACAGCAGAAGGGGUUGCGCGCCCUAAUUUCCUCCGAAAAAGAGCUCGAAGAUGACAUCAACAACAACCUCUCCACGUUAGUCAUUAGUUCACGUGAAGAAGCUUCUUCUACUGCAAGGGAGCUCCAGGUAAAGGAGCAUGAAGCCGAGGCUGUGAUCAAAGAGCAUAAGGCUGAUCUCGCAAGAUCCCAGCAGCUUCUGGAAGAGGAAAAGCAGAUCUUGAUGCAGACGGUUGAUGAGCUAAACAAGUUAAAGGAGCAGGCGAAGGUCGAAGAACCACACAUCAGGCCUGCAGUUACCCUUUCCGUCACUGAAAGUACCAUCCAGCAAAGCACCUCUUCGCAGCCGGCUUCUGUGGUGCAGCGAGCUCCUAUGCACCAGGUCGGUCAGCAGCCUCAGAACGUCUCCGCGGGAGAAUCGACUGUUCACCAGACUGUUUCAACCCAUCCCUCCGGUAUAGUCCAGGGAUCAUCUUCAGUGAGUCAGCCUCAUGCUAUCCACAAGCCAAGCUCCCCAAUGGAUGAGUUCUACUCCAAAGGCGCGCAGCAACCUGAACAUUUAGCGAAGCUAACAAAGUCCUCCGGAGACAAGCCCUCGUUGAAACAAAGAAAGGUCAAUGGACCGGCCUAUGUUGCCUCGUCACCUUCAAAAAAGGACUCCGCGCUGGGCCGUUUCUUCCACAAGUUAAUACCAUCUAAAAAGUCUUCUGGGAAGGGUCAACACGGAGUAGCAAGAAGCUCUACUGUUCCAUCGCGUAAGAUGCAGACCGGGCAGCGGCCCGUCCAGCCUGCCACCACCUCGAAUCAAUCUGUGCCAAGACACCUCGCACGGGAGGUUGAAGAGGAUGUUGACGCAGAAGAUGUAAGGGAUUUGCUGGAAACUCAGCGCGCGAGUGGCGGCAAAAUAAGAAAGGGAAGCCUUUUCAAGGAAGUGUUCUGA